CCAUCCCGCCAUGGCGUCCGCCGGCGGCCCGGACGCGGAGCGGCCGCACCCCAAGCCCUUCCUCAUCGGCGUCAGCGGCGGCACCGCCAGCGGCAAGUCCACAGUAUGCGAGAAGAUCAUGGAGCUGCUGGGGCAGAACGAGGUGGAGCAGCGGCAGCGCAAGGUGCUGAUCCUCAGCCAGGACAGCUUCUACAAGGUGCUGACGGCCGAGCAGCAGGCCAAAGCCCUCAAGGGACAGUACAACUUCGACCACCCGGAUGCCUUCGAUAACGAAUUGAUGCAUUCAACCCUGAAAAACAUUGUUGAGGGCAAAACGGUUGAGGUACCAACGUACGACUUCGUGACACAUUCUCGGUUGGCAGAGACGACGGUGGUGUAUCCUGCUGAUGUUGUUCUCUUUGAGGGGAUCCUGGUGUUCUACAGCCAGGACAUUCGGGACAUGUUCCACCUGCGGCUCUUUGUGGACACGGACUCUGACGUCCGGCUGUCCCGCAGAGUUCUGCGAGAUAUGAAGCGUGGGAGGGACCUGGAGCAGAUCCUCACCCAGUACACCACAUUUGUCAAGCCUGCCUUUGAGGAGUUCUGCUUACCGACAAAGAAGUAUGCAGAUGUGAUCAUCCCCAGAGGCGUUGACAACAUGGUUGCCAUAAACCUGAUCGUGCAGCACAUCCAGGACAUCCUGAACGGGGACAUCUGCAAGUGGCAGCGGGGGGCGCUGAACGGGCACGGCCGGACGUACAAGCGGCCGUUCCCGGAGCAGGCGGAGAGCGCCGCUGUGCUGGCGGCCGGCAAGCGCUCCCACCUCGAGUCCAGCAGCCGCCCGCACUAGCCCGGCACGGCCCCAGGCUUUGCCUCUGCUCCACACCAACACCGAAGACAACUUUGGCAAAGGACUUCCACGGAAUGGUUGGUGAAGUGCCCCUUAAGUCGUCCUAGCAGCGGAGGGGAUCCUGGUGGGAAUCUUCUCGCAGAGGGGAGAGGAAGGGGUUGGCCUUCCAUCCUGCUUCCCUCAAACCCCUCCCUGUUCUCUCUGAGAUGUCUGGAGUUGUUACUUGAUGAACUGGUUAAAGGCAGUGUUACUUGCCUUUUUUUAAUUUUCAGAAUGAGAUCUAAUGCUGAAGAUUCCCCUGAAAAUUAAGCACUAUCAGGUGACUAGCAAGAUACCCCAUUGCCCUGAUGAUGGUUGUCUGUAGCAGGAAAAUCAUCUGCCUCUUGGGUGUUUUUCUCUCUAUCCAAGACUAGCUCACAUGCUGUUAAUUUUAACAGGCUCUGACUCUUCUCCACCUUGUUGGCACCUUGAGUUGUGGCCAUGCUCUGCUGCUGGCCACCUCCUUCCAGCCUGUAGAGGCACCUCUCCCUUGAGACAGGGCUGAGACAGAGACUGACUGGGACAAAUGGGAACUUGCAGUUCACCAGGGGACAGGCCCAAGAAGUUUAGUGGUUCUAGUGAUUCCUAAUUUAUUCCUUUCCAAGCUCCUGAAUCUUGCUACACUGUUCGGUUGUUUUUUGUACCCAGUGUGCUUUACCACAGUUACUGAAUGUGUGAGCUCCAACUGGAUUGAGUUGCUCAUGGAAACAGAACCCUGACCUUGUCAGUAUUAGUGUCUUUUAGUGCAUUUCUGUACUGCUGGUUGCAAAUUCUGCUGGGCAGAAUCCGUCCACUUCCAGAGAUGGCUGGUGAGGUCAGCAAGGGGGGAAACUGGGAAUUGCAGGACCCUCCUCCUGCUGGCACUGGCAGCUGCCUGGACACCCUCAGACAGGGCCAGAGCACUUGCCUUGCACUCCAGCAGCUUCAGCUCAAGAAUGUCUGGCUUUCUAAAAAGAGCAGACAAGAAGUACAAACAGUGAUAUCCCAGUUUCUGUAGUUUACCCCAGAUAAGUGAUACUGCAGCAGCAUGAAGAGUCUGUUUGGAAAAAACUGCAAUGAAGUGCUGGUUGGACCUUUGAAAAUGUCCUUGUGAUACUGUUCUUGAGUCUGGACUUAAGGUGUAAUUUUGAGAAUGAGGGUGGGAGAGAAAUGUUACUAACAGGAACUUUUUCAUAUUUGGUAAUUUUCUACAAGCAGGGUUUGGCUGUGUUGGUUGUGGGUGUGUUACUUUGGCUAAUAAAUAAAUGAACAGUGAUCAGAAAUGACCAUUUUUAUAAAAGGUAAUUCUGGUACAUUCACUAUGCCAGCAAAAAGGCACAGAAAGGAACAUUGCUGGAGGGGCUCUUCUAUUCAACAGUUCUUCCUCCCCUUAACUCAGAAUUGUUACCAUUGGUUCUGUUGUGGCUGAAAAUUUAGAGAAAAAAACCCAAACUUAAGAAAUGAGUCUGCACUUCCAUCCCUAUAGUAUUUUCAGCCUUGGAGAAAGGGGUGGAGGGUUGGUGUCUCAGUGACAGUUCAGUGGUACUUGUGCAGUGCCCAGGAGAAGGCAGAGCAUUUCCUGACUGCUGCUGGCUGCUGUCUAGCUCAGGGUGACAGACUUAGAGCAUGAGCUACUGCACUGAAGCAUCAGCUCUCAGGGCUGAUUCCAGUAGGAGCAAAAUAGUCACUAAAACCUGCUUUGAAUGUCUGUGGUGUUGGAUCAUACCUUUCCUGGGGGGUGGGGGAGCCUUGAAUAGAAUUUUUUAGAGCAGUGAGGAGCUGCACAGCCCCUGGGGUGUGGGAAUGCUGCUCUGGCAGCUUUGUGCUGCCCUGCAGGACCUGCUGCUGCAGCCACGAGGAGAUGCAGCAAUGGAAUGUGGCCCAGGUACUACAGCCCUGCUCAGACACCUCGACAGAGCCAUGACAAAUUCCCCACUGAGUCCCCAGUGCUUCACCUUUGCCUUCUCUUGUGAAUUCUCUGCUGCUGCAGGCCAGGCCAUGGGCUGGGUUUCAGUGUUUUCACCCUGAACCCACGUGCACAAGCUGGAGCAGGUUUCCUUGUCAGCAGGAUCAGUCCUACCCUGCCCACAGUUCCUUUUCCCAUGGGAUCUGAGGUGUAAUGGCAAUACUGGCACUGCUGGUAACAGGCCUCAGGCUUCACAUCAGUGCCACAUGGCCAAAGGAUUAUUCUGGCUUUGGCUCAAUUCCUGGCUUGCCUGAAGCCUUCUUUAGCUGUAACAGCAAUUCUUAAUGUCUUUUUAUUUUGCUUAUCUUCUUAAAAGUGAUGCUUAUGUCAGAUGAUUAUAAAUAGAUAAUAGUAACAAGUCAUUAUUCUAUGCAGAACAAACUAUUUAUAAAUGUAGCUUAAUGCUGUGUUUACAUAAAUAGAAAUGAUAGCAGAGCAUUGGAAGUUGGGGGCAAAUAAUGCAUUGUUGAGGAAUAGAGUCAUGGAAUGAUGCUGUAAGGCUGCAGGGCCAGUUACUGAUUGUUAAAGAUGAACAAGCCUUAGAGAGGGAAAUCUGGGUUUCAGGCAUAACAAAGAAAAUAGGAAAAAAGUAUCUGAUGUGUUGUAGAGUCCAUUUAUAAUAAGCAUAUAAUGGGAUUGCAGACCACAGUGAUAGGAAACACAUGAAAUGGCCCUAAGUGCAAUGUAGUGCCAGAAGGAAGAAACCACCACAGUAUUUCCAGGAAAGAGAAGAAAUUGUUGCAGCUCUUCCCAGCAAAGGAGCUGGGAUGCUGUUGACUAAAGUCAGCAACCUUCACACCCUGAGGGGCAGUGAGGGGUGAAUGUAACAGGGGCAGAAACUGGAACUGUGCUCAUAACAGCUGUAUUACUGCUGAGACCUUUUCUGUAACAGCAUUCCUUUAUUUCCUCCUGUAAUCAUUAGAUCUGGACUACUACCAAAUACCUGAAGCGACUGUUAAGAUUUCCAUGAUGCUAACAAUAAAUUCUUGCCUUUGCACAA